GGGGGCUCGCCCCCGACUUGGGGCGUCCCUUAAGCGGCAGCCGUCCGGCUGCACUUCACGGCGGCCGCCGGACCCUCUGGCGGGGCGCGCGGGUGCUGCUGCUCCACUGCGCGGCGCCGCGGGUGGUGCCGCUGCUGGGGCUGCACGGCGACCCGCUCAUGAGCCGGGAUGCGGUGGAGAUGGUGUGGGGCUUUGCAGUUUGUUGCAUGACCCUGCGGUGGCUGAAGUUCUUUUCUUGCUUCCCGCGGUUCGGGGAGCAGCUGAAAACCAUCACCAACAUGUUGCAGGAGAUGUCGAGCUUCCUCGUCAUCUUCUUCCUGUUCCUGCUGGCCUUCGCGAUGCUCUUCGUGCGCCUGCGGCCGGAGGAUGCGGACUACAUCAACCUGCCCACCGCGGUUGUGACGAUGUUCCGGGGCUCGCUGAUAGACUUCGAGCUCGGCGACAUGAUCGUGGAGGCCCACGCCAACCGGCUGAUCUGGGGCCAGGUGGUGGCCUUCGUGGUCUUUCUGCUGAUCGCGGCGGUGCUCCUCCUGAAUUUCCUAAUCAGCAUCAUGAACUCGACUUACGAGUCUGUCCGCGCCAGGGGCAAUACAGAGUCGGCGAAGGCCUUCUUGGAGACGAUCUCGGACGGCGAAAGCCACAACUUCUGGGAGAUGGACGCGCUGCCCCCUCCGUUCAACACUAUCUACACGGUUCUGUUGCCCCUGCAUUUCGCGGUGGCCUCCGUCAGGGCGCUGUGCUUCGCGCCGCGCGACGCCCACAAGCGGGUGCAGUACUUCCGGUUCCUGCGCGAGCACGAGGCUCCGCCCUUGCUGAUGAGCAUCCUGGUGCUUCCAGCCGCGCUGCUGGUGGUCGUUGCGGCUACACUCCCAGGGUUCAUCCUCAUGUUGUUCGCAGGGCCGAUCCUGCCCUGCACUCCGUGGCUGCUGCACUACGACGAGGACCUGCAGAGUGGCUGGGACUUCGCGCGGUACCACGUGCUGAUCCCAACGCUCUGGCUCGGGGAAGCGUAUUGGAGCUGCAUCGGGGAGAAGGUGGACGGGCUCCGCCGGUGCACGCGCGGGCUGCUGUUGCCCUUCCUCUGCGCAGGCACCGCCGUGGCAGCCCUCUUCACGUUCGUGUUCGCGAUGCCGCUCUACUGGGUCUGGGAGGCCGGUGUCAGCAGGUGGACGUCGGGCUCCAAGGUCCACCAGCAGCAGAAGCGCGCAAAGGCCGGCGGCGCGCUGCCUUUCGGCAAGCAGGGCAGCUUCGAGCCCGUGAGCAAGAGGAUGUCGACCCGGGCCUCCCUGUUGUCGCUGGAUGCCGUCGAGCACGCCGCCUCCCGGACGCGCCGAGCCAGCACGCUCUUUACGGACGGCUCUGAAGACGCCCUCGUGUCGCAGUCCACCUCGACGGCAGGCUGCGCUGUGGAGAGGCGGUUGGGCGACGAGAGGGCGCGGCGCCGGGUCCUGCAGCUCCUCAACGAGGGCAAGGACAUCUUGAAGAAGGGGGACCCCGCGUUCGCGGAGAUCAUGGACGACGAGGACCUGGCCUCGGCGCCGUCGCAGCCGCUGCCCCCCAGCCGCUCCGCGACCGCAGGCUCGCCGAGCCUGGACGGCCUUCGCCUGCGCCCGCUCAAGCAGGAGUGCCACACGCACUUCACGCGCCAGAUCCAGGGGGCGCCGGCGCUGGACCUGGGCAUGCUCUGGUGCUUCGAGCGCCAGGAGCCGAGCCGGGUCCCAGACAUUCUGGCGAAGCAGCUCGACCGCGUCUUCACCAACCUGCACAGCCACGAGGAGCGCGUCGAGCGCCUGCUCCGCGAGCUCUGCGACGCGACGGCCCGACGGACGGGCACGGAGUGAUUGCGCGCACUGCUCUCCAUGCCCUCCUCUCCGGAGGAGGAGGAGUCUCUCUCUGGAGUCUCUGCCCGAUCGCGUAGCGAUAUGAGUAAUUAGACUUCCGCCACCCCAGCUGGGGUGUUGUGAGCUCUUGUGGCCUUCUCAGCUCGACUGAGGGCCUUCGGCCAGAGCCCCUUGGAAAUACGCUGGAGGUAUCGGCGCCUGUCUGUCUGUCUGUCUGUCUGCGCCGCCACAAGAGCCAGUGCAGCAGCGGUGGGAGCCCGACGCCAGCAGCGCGCCCGGGGCCGAAGCGGCCGCGGCGCAGCUCGGCGCCAGCGGCACCGCACUCGAUUCGGGCAGCGAGCGCAGCCUGCGCGGCCCCGAAAGACGGCGGC